AUGAGGAUGGCGGCUACAAACAUGUUAGAUUUAAAUGAUGAUAAUAAAGGUGAUAAAAAAGGAGUAUUGAUCCCAUCGCCAUAUUUAAAACAUGGCUCACAAGUUCAGCAUUCUCAGUCAGAGUAUAUAUUUAUAGAYGGUGUUGGUUCUAAGCAACGGGGACGUUUUGAAAUGUGUUUUAUUGAAAUCGGUACAUGGUACUCGGUGGGUGCUACAAUUGGCAUUAUGCGUGGAGUACAUUGUGGUAUGAAAAUCGUAUUGCUCAAUAAACAAACUGGUACAUACAACAGAACACUUUUGUUAAAUAGCGUUUUAAAACAUGGAUCUAGUAUCUCAGAAAAAUUUGGAACAUUAGUGGUAUACUAUAGUAUUUUUGGUAUAAUACUAGAGAAGACUCGAGGCCAAAAAGAUGACAUUUAUAAUAAUAUUAUUGCUGGAACAAGCACGGGACUUUUAUAUAGAUCUACAAGUGGUCUUAGAAGUUGCGGCAUUGGUGGUCUGCUCGGCUUCAGUUUAACAGCAAUAUACAGUUUGAUUUCAUCAAGGAUUAAAAUGUUUGAAGAUAUAAGGGAAACCAUCAUACAUUUUAAAAACUGA